CUAUAGCAGAAACUCAGCUCCAAACAGCUAGCCAACUAGCCGAAAGAGGCUAGCAUUCCUCUUCACAAUAUUUGAUCGACAACAAGGUGUCGCCCUAUUUAUUGGUGUCUCUCUAGCCUGUUUGUUUUUAGUGCGGCUUUAGAAUGAACUGUUUACAUUUUAGAGGCCGGUUUGGGGAUACAUGGGGAGGUUAUGAGAUGGUCAAAUAUACCGGCUGUGUUAGCAAACUGUGACAGGCUAACCGUAGCUGUUAGCUUAGGAAGUGUAGCAAGCCGUCCGCCUAACUGAGCGACCAUUACUGGAAAAGCGGCUUCAAACCACCGGUUAUUGAGCCGCCCCCGUCAAUCAGCUGGCAUUUUAGGAGGGAAAGUGUGAGCAGUGGCCUAUGAGGAAGCCACGUCGAACGGGACAGGCGGCCGGAGGAGGCGGAGCAGAUGCCAAAAAACCCAACGGGACGGUUGGCGGGCGUGGGGGUGCCCGCCAGCGAUCUCCCUCCCCUUACAGCCUUAAAGCGUCUCCGAGUCGCGAAACCCUCUCCUAUUCUCAGGCUCAGAAGGUGGUGGAGGUGGAACUGGAUGGAAGGCUUCACCGCAUCUCCGUCCUGGAACCCUUGGAAGUCAUCACGGACGACGAGACGGUGGCUCAGGACAUCAGCGAGUGCAACAGCAACAAGGAGAACAGCGAGCAGUCCGCGUCGCCCACCAGCAGCGGGCACACGCCCCGUAAAGUCCCCACGCCCAGAAGCCACAGAAAAGACUCCAGGUACUCCUCUGUCAGGUCAGCCCAGCCUUCUAAGAACCAGUGCCACAACUCCCAACCUCAGACGCCGGAGAAGCCUAGCGCAUCAAACCACACCCAGAUGACUCUCCCCGAACCCAAGUUUCACGUGGUGGAACCCUUCACCCCGGCGGAGGCGCCUCCUCUGCCGGCAGCUUACUACCGCUACAUCGAGUGCUCCCCCGAGGAUCAGCAGGCGAAGGCCGAGUACGACAUGGACGAGGAGGACGCCGCCUGGCUGGAGAUGGUCAACGCCGGCCGGCUCUCUGACGGCCUCUCGGCUGUUUCGCCGGACAACUUUGAGCUGCUGGUGGACCGCUUGGAGGAGGAGGCGUACCGGGAAGCCCGCAUCCGGGCGCCCUCGCAAAGCGCCAUCGACGACGACGCCUUCUGCUGCGUGUGCUUGGAUGACGAAUGCCUCAACAGCAACGUCAUCCUCUUCUGUGACUCCUGCAACCUGGCCGUGCACCAGGAGUGUUACGGCGUGCCCUACGUCCCUGAGGGACAGUGGCUGUGCCGCUGCUGCCUCCAGUCCCCCCAGAAGCCUUUCGACUGCGUGCUGUGCCCCAACCGGGGAGGCGCCUUCAAGCAAACCAGCGAUGGCCGCUGGGCGCACGUGGUGUGCGCUAUUUGGAUUCCCGAGGUUUGCUUCGCCAACACGGUGUUCCUAGAACCGGUGGAAGGCGUCGGUAACAUUCCUCCAGCCCGCUGGAAACUCACCUGCUACCUCUGCAAGCAGAAGGGCCGCGGGGCCUGCAUUCAGUGCCACAAGGCCAACUGUUACACGGCUUUUCACGUCACGUGUGCCCAGCGGGCCGGCCUCUUCAUGAAGAUCGACCCCGUCAGGGAGACGGGCGUCAACGGCACAACGUUCUCUGUUAAGAAGACGGCGUUUUGCGAGACACACACGCCUCCGGGCCAGGAGGCGGAGUCCGACGGGGAAGGCGAAGGGCGGAUCGUGGGCAGCAGGGGGCGGGCCAGCAGGGGGCGCAGCGCCUACACGGACGGUCCCGCUUUGCCCAAGAAAGGUAGAAAACUUAAAGAUGAGCCAGCGGAUGAAAAGAAAGGGAAGAAGAACCCAGAGUCUGAAUCCCAGCAGGCGGCGUCUCCACAGGUCACAGUGCCUCAGAUUCCCCCAAGCAGGUUGACAAUAAUCUCCAAAGGAAUCCUCAUGCAAAGGAAGAACCAGUUUAUGCACAGGCUGCAUAGCUACUGGUUGCUGAAACGCCACUCGAGAAACGGCGUGGCCCUGGUUCGCCGGUUGCACUCCAACUUCCAGUCCCAAAGGAAUACAGAGCAGCCUGAAGUGGACGAGAAGAUUUGUGCAGCGAGAGAAGCGCUGAGGUACUGGCAGAAACUUCGGCACGAUCUGGAAAAAGCCAGAUUGCUGGUGGAGCUCAUACGAAAGAGAGAGAAGCUCAAACGAGAACAGGUCAAAGUUCACCAGUCAGCUUUGGAGAUGCAGCUAACUCCUAUGUUGAUGCUGCUUCGCUCCGCUUUGGACCAACUCCAGGAGAAGGACACAGCCCAGAUUUUUGCCCAGCCAGUCGACUUAAAGGAGGUUCCAGACUACCUGGAGUUCAUCAGCCAUCCAAUGGACUUCUCUACUAUGCGCUCCAAGCUUGAAAGUCAUGCUUACCGCUCAGUGGCUGACCUAGAGGCGGACUUCAAUCUGAUGGUGUCAAACUGCCUCCUCUACAAUGCCAAAGACACGGUCUUCUACAAAACGGCGCUGCGUCUCCGUGACUUGGGCGGCGCCGUGUUGCGGCACGCCCAAAGGCAAGCCACGAACGCCGGCCUCGACCUGGAGUCCGGGAUGCACCUCCCUCAGUCACCCCAGAAGAGAGACUUCUACAGCUGCACCUGGGAGGACGUUGACAGCGUUCUGGAUCCGGACAACCGUCUCCACAUGACCGUGGAAGAACAGCUGAAGGAGCUUCUAGAGAAACUAGACUUUGUCUCCUCCAUGCGGUGCAGCGGCGCCCGUACCAAGCGCAUCCGCCUGCUGCGGCGCGAGAUCAACAAGCUGCGACACAGACAGGGUCAGCCCACGGCCCACGGCAUUCACAACGGGCAUUUCAAAGAAGAAGGAGAAGAUGACGAGGAAGACGACGACGAGGACGCCAAGGCGGACGGUAGCCUUUCGUGCUCAGACAAAGAUGACAUCAAAUCCACUUCGCCCCCAAGACUGGAACCUAGAGGACCGUCUCCUCCCCCACGACAAGGGGACGCCCCUCUGGAGCCCCCCACGCUGCGGCCGAUGACGGGGGAGGCCCGAUCCCUCACGGUGGGCUGCAAGCGCCUUAGAAUGAACAGCGACCUCCCAAGCAGCGCCUCGGAGAACAUUAUUUGCACUAAAGCACAAGAGCGUCGUACGACCCCACCCCCCGCUUUGCACAGUGAGGGGCAGGUUGUGGCCAACGGCCUGCCGGUGCCCUGCACCUCUCUGCGGCCUGCCGCCGGGGGGGUCGGACGACGGACCUCCGUGUUGUUCAAGAAGGCAAAGAACGGAGCUAAGCUUUGCAGGGAAAGGGACAACCCUGUGUUGAACGGGAAGGGGCCGCAGGACGAGAGUACGAGUCGCAACCCCACGGCUCCCAGUUCAGCUGCCAGCUCCCCCUCUUCCACCCCGGUGUCCAGGACCCCCCAGAAAAGCCCAGGUCCUCCCACGCUUCACGAAGUAUGGACCGGAUCGUCAGACACCGAGCUGGAGAGGACGGUGAAUCAUGCACUGGAAAGCGCGCUGACCAACGGCUUUGACUCCGAGUCCAGAUCCUGUCCCGUCCUUCACAAAGAAAUCAACUCGCUGCCCAAACGGAGCCUCGGAAAGCCGUCUCUUUCCAAAGUUCCUCUUCUGGACAUGGUCAACGGAGAUGCGGAUUACACCGGCAAUGGGAGUCAGUCAACAGAGGAGGAGACAGAGCUGGAGCCCUUAGCCCUGGUGUGGGCGAAGUGCCGAGGAUAUCCCUCCUAUCCCGCCCUGAUAAUUGACCCAGAGAUGCCAGAGGAGGGCCUGCUGCUCAACGGGAUUCCUAUCCCUGUGCCACCCAAAGACGUGCUCAGCCUGGGCGAGCAGCGGCAGGAGGAGACCAACGAGAGGCUCUACCUGGUGCUGUUCUUCGAUAAUAAGAGGACGUGGCAGUGGCUCCCUCGUGACAAGCUGACCCCUCUGGGCGUGGACGACACCGCUGACAAGUUACGCAUAAUGGAGGGCCGCAAGUCCAGCAUCCGCAAGUCCGUACAGGUGGCCUACGACCGCGCCAUGAUCCACCAGAGCCGGGUCACCCACAACCACUGCUUCGUGACCUCCAACUACCUGUAGAGGGCAGCGGUGAGCUGGGACGGUGCAGGUUGUCCUCCCUAGCUGACCCACUGGUGUGUAAAUGAAGAGACGUUAAGCCCCACGUUGCUGCAGUAAGCGUUAACUUCCCCCGUUCAGGGAUGUAUGGAGGCGUCUGCUUACUCCCACCUGGAUGUUAUGAAAUCUGUGAGUCUGAUCCAACGUAAAAGAUCUCAUAUCGAUCCUGCUGCCAAGGGAUCAAGCCGGUCAGAGAAGAGAUUAGACGUUUCAAACGAACUGCAGGAGACUGAUGAAUGCAUCACUGCCUUCUUUUAUACAACAGCUUUUCUAGGUUUUAAACUUUUUACAGAAGACUCGUGUAUAUUUUACUGGCAUAGUUUUUUUUUUUUUGUUUUUUUUUUUACAUAUGUCUGUGUGUCAUUCUAAUUUAAUGUUUCAAACGCGUAUUUCAAUCAGCCUUUUAAAGGGGCGAACCAGGCUCUGUGUGACGAUGAAAUCAUUCCUGCAGUUUUUGUCUUUAAAUGUAAAUCUAUUGUAGUCUGUGGGUUUGCAUCGUGUGCAAUCGUGGCGUUGGACACAACGAGCCGAGCCGCAAUUUCUUUCUGAAAUCUCUUCUUUUGAUACAGAGAAAUAAUUUAUUUAUGGAAGACAAUCUAUAGAAAUAAAGUUAUAUUGGUUAAAUUGAGUUCUUAUUUAAGAAGGAAAAAAAAUGGAGUGAGGUUUUUAAAAGAAAGUGCCGUCAGCGUUUGAACAGGCGGCUUCAUGUUUUUGCAGAUUUUCACUGAACGCCAAGCACCAGCUUUCGCUGUUACCCACCCAAUGAUUCUAUUUAUUCCCAGGAGCCCAAUUUUAUCCAAUGAAAAGUACACCCUGAUAAGCUUAUUGCUACUGUUAUAUUUUACCAGUUAACCAAACUUCUUUAACCAGUUGUUUCCACAUUUUGGGAAAUAUCCUAUUAAAGAAAAAAACUGAUGUAUGUGUCUG